GGCUGGGAAGCGGCGCCAUAUUGGCGUCGGCCGCGCUGUAUUGUCAUAAAUAGAGCCGGUUUUCUGGUGUUUUCACUACUCGGUUGGAUGCCUCGGCCGUAGUAAGUGAGAGAGUGAGCGAGCAAGCGAGCUACAAGCGAGCGGAGGAAAGUGGACAGGAGGAGAAGGGAAGAGCAAGAACAGGACUCCAGAGCGAAAGACUCGCCGGUGAGGGAGGCGCAGGAAGCGAUGAAAGAGAUGUCUGCAAACACCAUGCUGGACAGCCAGCGUCAACAAAAGCAUUAUGGAAUCACCUCUCCAAUUAGCUUGGCAUGUCCGAAAGAAAUUGAUCAUAUUUACACACAGAAAUUAAUUGAUGCCAUGAAACCAUUUGGAGUGUUUGAAGAUGAGGAAGAAUUGAACCACAGGCUGGUUGUUCUUGGUAAACUGAACAAUUUAGUAAAGGAAUGGAUUUCUGAGGUCAGUGAGAGUAAGAAUCUCCCACCUUCUGUUGUGGCUACUGUUGGUGGAAAAAUUUUCACCUUUGGCUCCUAUAGGCUUGGAGUACACACCAAAGGAGCUGACAUUGAUGCACUUUGUGUUGCUCCAAGACAUGUGGAGAGAUCUGAUUUUUUUCAGUCUUUUUUUGAAAAAUUGAAACAUCAAGAUGGCAUUAGAAACUUAAGAGCUGUAGAAGAUGCCUUUGUUCCUGUUAUAAAAUUUGAAUUUGAUGGAAUUGAAAUUGAUCUAGUCUUUGCAAGACUGGCAAUACAAACCAUAUCAGAUAAUUUAGAUCUAAGAGACGACUCUCGACUGAGAAGCCUUGAUAUAAGGUGUAUUCGCAGCCUAAAUGGGUGUAGAGUUACUGAUGAAAUUUUGCAUUUAGUGCCAAAUAAAGAAACUUUCAGACUCACCCUAAGAGCAGUCAAACUAUGGGCAAAACGACGUGGUAUUUAUUCCAACAUGUUGGGAUUCCUUGGUGGUGUCUCCUGGGCAAUGCUAGUUGCAAGAACUUGCCAAUUAUAUCCAAAUGCAGCAGCUUCUACUUUAGUUCAUAAGUUCUUCUUAGUUUUUUCCAAGUGGGAAUGGCCAAAUCCUGUGCUGCUAAAGCAACCAGAAGAAAGCAAUUUGAAUUUGCCAGUUUGGGAUCCUCGGGUAAAUCCAUCAGAUAGGUAUCAUCUCAUGCCCAUAAUCACCCCUGCCUACCCACAACAGAAUUCUACGUAUAAUGUGUCCACAUCAACUCGAACAGUAAUGGUAGAAGAAUUUAAACAAGGUCUUGCAGUCACAGAUGAAAUUCUUCAAGGGAAAUCAGAUUGGUCCAAACUCCUUGAGCCACCAAAUUUUUUCCAAAAAUAUAGACAUUAUAUAGUAUUGACUGCCAGUGCAUCAACAGAAGAAAAUCAUCUAGAGUGGGUUGGAUUAGUAGAAUCUAAAAUACGUGUACUUGUUGGAAAUUUGGAACGGAAUGAAUUUAUAACUCUUGCCCAUGUAAAUCCCCAAUCAUUCCCAGGAAAUAAGGAACAUCAUAAAGACAACAAUUACGUAUCAAUGUGGUUCCUUGGAAUAAUUUUUCGGAGAGUAGAAAAUGCAGAAAGCGUUAAUAUAGACUUGACAUAUGAUAUACAGUCAUUUACUGAUACAGUGUACAGACAGGCAAACAAUAUAAACAUGCUAAAGGAGGGAAUGAAAAUUGAAGCAACUCAUGUUAAAAAAAAACAACUUCAUCACUACCUUCCCUCAGAGAUUCUUCAGAAGAAGAAAAAGCAAAGUCUUUCUGAUGUCAGUCGAAGUUCAAGUGGACCUCAAUCCAAAAGAUCAUCUCUGGAUAGCAAUUGUUUGGAUAGCUCCAGAGACACUGAUAAUGGAACACCUUUUAAUUCCCCAGUGUCUACAAACAAGCCUUCCAAGCCUGAUAUUCCUCCUUCAGGAGAGACAGAAAGGAAUAAUGCUGAGCCUGCUGCUGUAGUUGUGGAAAAGCCACUGACUGUCCCUCCAGCUCAAGGGCUGUCUAUUCCCGUCAUUGGUGCAAAAGUUGACUCUGCAGUAAAAGCUGUAUCACCUCCAGCUGUGUGUACCAUUCCUACUGUAGUAGGACGAAAUGUCAUUCCUAGAAUCACAACACCCCACAGCCCUGCCCAGGGGCAGCCACAUCUAAAUGGAAUGUCAAAUAUAACUAAGAAUGUUGCCACCAAAAGAUCCCACUCCCCAUCCAUAGAUGGGUCUUCUAAGAGGUUGAAAGACAUAGAAAAGUUUAUUCGACUUGAAUCAACGUUUAAGGAAUCACGUGCUGCUGAAGACAGAAAAAGAAAAUCAGUGGAUGCCAUUGGAGGAGAAUGUAUGCCUAUUCCAACUAUUGAUACAUCACGCAAAAAGAGACUGCCCAGUAAAGAACUACCAGAUUCAUCAUCUCCAGUUCCAGCAAAUAACAUCCGUGUCAUCAAAAAUUCCAUUCGACUGACCCUAAAUCGAUGCUGUAGCAUUCUCUCAUUGAUUGCUACAUACAAUUCUCUGAGGAUCACCUGCUAUCAAAUUAUCAUCUGCAAUAUUAUGGCUUUGCGUUGGAGGUUUUACUGCCUUAACUUUCGAUGCUUAUUUCUCUGUUGUGGGAACCAGUUCUUGGCUCUCUGGACACUGAUAAAACAAGUCCUGAACACCGCCCCCCUCUUCUUUUUAAGUCUUAUGUUGUAAUCAUUGUAUAGAACUAAAAAAGUUGAAAACAAAAAACAAAACAAAACAAAAAAUGUAAUUUUCCAAAUGUUAACACAUUUACUUUAGCAUUGAAGCCACUUUGUGAAACCUGAGGUAAAUGAAUGUGAGGUAUCUUCUCUGCUUUCCUCAUUUGUGUAGAUGUACUUAUUGUCUGUUCUGUUGAUUUAAAUUAUUUUUUCUGAGAUUGGCACACGGAAUAUUUAAAUUUUUAUCGUGCCUUUCUAUCCAAAUGUUGCAUAGUUACCAGGGAGGAUUAGUCCAGUGAUUACAUAAGAGUUGGGCACCAUAAAUUCUCUAUAUUUUGCCUCCUAUGGAGGCCUUUGAAAUGCAUCUUUAUUAAGAAUCAAAAUAUGACCAGGAUACUGAAAGUCAGUAUAUGAACGGUGAAAUUGUUACAUAUCCUAUCUCAUGCCAUUCUUGUUAGUUGACUGGUAUUUUUUACUGAGGAGCAACUCAUUCCGGCAUCAACAGUAAGAUGCCUUUAAGUAUGGCAAACUUGUAUUUUUGAAGUGUACGAUUAACUUGGCAUGAUACUUCCUGACCAUUACUUACCGCCACAACUUCAAACAGUUCCUUCGUGGACUAGGCAUGCAGAAAUGAGCAGUGGAUUUUACUGAAACCUAAAGGCAUUUUUGAAUGACAUUGUUACCAACCAUUAAUUGGCUCAGGACCUUUGUAAUUUUUAUUUAAAUAUAUGAGUUGUCUUUUUUUACACUGCUUUUUUCAGUGCAUUUCUUAAUAUUUUUUAAGUUUCAUGAAUGCAUGCUCCAUUUAUUAAAAUCCAUAACCAUGUAAUUCUUCUUGUAAUAUGUUGAUUCAGUGUUUUGUAAAUGAAGUCGUAUGUAUUUUCAGAGUAUUUUUGUAUGUACUGUAAGAUACCAUCUUUUCAAAGAGAAUACUUUAAAACCUUUACUGUCUCUCUUUAGUCUAAUUUUUUAAAUAUGGAUUAUGCUUGAAUUACUCUUAAAAUGAAAAUGUAUAGAUUACACAGCCAGGAAUGUUGGUAUAUAUUACCUUCUUCAGCUUUCACUCACCAUUUAGUAGGUCCAGUAGGAAAAACACAAAAUGGUACAUUUGAAUACUGCAGGGAAAAUUCUUGGUUAUAUAGUUUAUAGGGCUCAUGGGAUGCCAUUUAGCCAGUGGAGUAAUAGUCCAUUUUCUCUUGCAAGCCCGUUACCAUUGAGUUGAAAUACUUGAAUUCUGAUUUUCAGAGAGCAGGAUCCUUCUUUUCCCACUCCUGUUCCUGACCCCUACAUCUCUGAAAUGGAAAUUCUAGUGUUUAACUUUUACAAAGGGAGACUUCUUAGAAGUAAAGAAGAGCAAGGGGAAAACAAUAGUUGUUCCAUUAUUCACUUUUUAUAUAGCAAAAGACGAGAAUGAAAUCCCAUAACCAAGUUGUAGCUUCCUUGGCAAAGCUGUUCUCUUAGUUGACCCUUUUUCUUUAUUCAAGUAUUUUGAGAUUUGUUCUAUAAAUACUCUAUUUGAGCAAAAGUGAAUGAUUAUGAAAGGACUGAAUAACUGUCACCUGACUUAAAACAUUGAUUGAUUGAAAACUUCUUUAAUAAGGACUUUAAGAAUUCCCCAUAAGUACAUCCAUGUUUACCCUAUUAUAUAAACCGAUUCCUUGGAGUAACUAGUGGAGUUCGUCUUUAAUAAGAAAGCAACAGGCCUAACCUUUGUACUGUAGUAUAGUCAUUCCUCCUCUUGUUUUAAUGGUCCAUUUGACAUGGGGUUAAGACAUAGCCAAGAGUUUAACAUUAGACUUCUCAAAGAUAGAUAGCAUUCUUCAACCUGUUUGGUAACUGGGGAGUUGAUGAGGUGCUUUUGAGAUAGCGGGUUUGGUCAGAAAUGAAGUGUUUUCUAUCCUGAACAGUAGGUAGAACGUUGAGUACAGUUGACCCUUGAACAACACAGAUUUGAACUACAUGGGUCCACUUAUAUGUGGAUUUUUUUCAAUAAAUAUAGUACUUGUAUUUUCAUUUCACAGAACUUUAAUUAAUUAAUUAUAGGGGAAAGUUUGAUUGAGAUCACAAUAUGUGGAAUCAAAAGAACUAGGGUUUGAGUCCUGAUUCGAUCCAGACUGUUUCAGCUUCCUGCCCUUGGGUGAGUCAUGUAUCAAUUCCUUUGUUUUUGAAGCAGAGAUAGCAGUACAAGUGUUUUCAACUGGGGUAAGUGGGUCGGUGCCCCUAACUCCUGCAUUGUUCAAGGGUCAACUGUACAUUCUGUUACCAUGGUAGGAGACCUCCAUUGUAAGGGUUCCAAGUAAGUAAGAGGGAAUGGUCUGCAGUUAUGUGCUAUGUUCAGAGGCACUAGGUAGAUGCAUUUGAUUUCAAAGUGUAGAGACUAUACCUAGAAAUAUAACUAGAAAUAUAUUUUAUAAAGUCAAAUAACCUGUUCUUCAGUAUGUAGACACAUGUUCAUUUUCAGAAGGGUAUUUUAAUCUCAUUUUUCAGUGACUGGCUCUAAAGAAUAAUAUAUCAAUGAAACAAUUAUCUGCUAGUUUAAACCUUAGGGACUUAACUAAUUUGAGAGACAGGAUAAGUGGCUUAAAACCUUGUAAAAUUGGGGCAAGAGGAUUUUAUAAGACUAUGCUUACAAUAAGAGUUUUUGUCUUAAGGCAGCAAUUUAGUAACAUCAUUAAAAUGCUUACUGUCCUAUAUAGUUGCAGUGAAGUGAAGUGAAGAUGGGCAAUGUUGAAAUGGGCUAAACUUAUUUUCCACUGUGUCCCACAGCUUUGAAAUAGAAAUUCCUAACCUGCGGAUCAUGGACUGUAGCGAAUCCCUUGCAAAUGUAUAUAAGAAGUUUUUGUUCAUAUGCAUUUUUCUGAGGGCAAGUUCAUAAUUUCAUCAGCUUCUCAAAGUGGUCAUGACCCUUAAAAAAAAGUUAGGAACCACAGCUUUUCAGGAUUGAAUAAUCCCAAACUCUUUGCAAUUUUCUUCUUAAGAUUUUUCUGUGGUGUAUUUCUGAAAAUGUACUGUGGCUCUUAACUAGUAAAGUGGGCUAAUGAAGGACGCUGGAACACUGAAUUUCUCUCCAAGUUUCUUUAUAUAUCUCCGAUGAAACUUCAUCAGUAUUUAGAAAAAGGUGUAUGAUUAGAUUUAUGUGUCUUCAGUUAACUUAGAUUCAUUAACAGGGUCAAACUUAAGUUCAACAAAUUUCAACCUAAGAAUGAUCAGAGUAGAAUAGCUUAGAAUAAUGAUUAGAAAUGGUAAAAAAUAGGAUUUAUCAUUAAAGAUCCUAAUCCUUUGAUUUUGGUAGCCUUAAAUUUCUUAUUUCUCCAUGUUUGUGGUUCAGACCAGAACAGACUGAACAGACCAAUAAAUAGAACUUUAGUGUAAAAAAAAUUUUUUUUAAUAAAUAAAAUUGUGUGCAUAUUUAAAUAAAUAACUACCUAUUAAAUCUUCCAAAGCUUAGAAUUUAGGUCAUGAUAAUAGUGAUGAAUAUAGUGCAAGUGGUGGAAGAAAACUGGUCUCAAUAAUGGUAACUAUUUCCUUAGGAUUUUUUAAAAGAAUUGUACAAGGUCAGAUCCUUCCCAAAUUUCCCAUUUUUUUCUGGAAUAAUUUUAUAUUUGAAGUAGUUGAACAUAAGAUUAUCAUCAGGCUUGCUAUAAUUUUUAAUGUAUUGCUGCAUUUUUAGCAAGGACCCACGUAAUUACCUUAAAAAGUGCUUAGGAUAUCUUUGAGGUAAAUGGUGCUACAUCACUUCACAGUAUUAUGUAAAAUGAAUGCAGCUCCUGUUCCUUUUUAGCUAGCUGUUUGUGUAGUUCAUAUUAAUUUUUCCUGCCUUUUAUUUGGAUUGUCUUAAUUUCUUAGUUGUACACACGAGCCUCAUUAUCUGUCUGGAAUAAGUAAUCAAAUAA